AUGGUGCAUGAGAGAGUUACUAUUGAGAAUAAAUUGCAGGGUUUUCUAUCUGUGCUGGAGUUCCUAGAGUGGUUGCAAGGACGUCAUGGGUAUCCUAAGCUGAGGAUGGUGUCAUUAGUGGAAGUGCAUGCCAAGGAGAUUGAAGACAAUUUGGGUGAUUGCAGGUAUGUAGUGUCUGAGGUAGAAGUUGGUGUUAACAAGGUUGCAGUCAUUCAGAUAGGAUUUGAGGAUGACAAUCUUCUCGUUGAUAUCACUGGGCAAGGGAGUAGGGGAGAGUGGGGUUUCAGUGUCUCCAAGAGGGCAGUUAGGACAGGAGCCACGUAUGAAGAAAAGGGGUCUUCUAGUGGCCUCUUUUGCAGGGUGAUGCAUGUAGAGGGAAGGCACGAGAGGUCAACUUACAUUAAUGUGGGUGAGGAUAUGCAUAUGGAGGGCAGCAGGAAGGUCUAUGAAGGGGCAAGUUACAAAGGGACAAUAAUAGCACUUCUUAGACAUUGGCUUGGCAGUUAG